CCAAAAUCCUACAGGGCAUUUGACUCACGUGUGCCCAUGUAUUUUUUUUUUCUCCAAAGACCAAAGGUCCGCAGUCCCCCCCAAAGCAAAGACCACAUUUUCAAUCUUUGAUGUCAGCUGACUCACCUCAUUAAAACACAUGAAAUCAGAAAAAAAACAGAGCAAACAUGAUUAUUCAUCCUUAAAAUUAAAGAUUACUCUGUUUUAAUCUGAAAAUGACAAGUAAUAAAUUAUUCUAUUACCCGCUCGUGCGCCUGCUACCCUAUAUAAACCCCCCUUGACGUAUUUCUGGUUUGACAGUUGAAUUUCCCACCAAAAUCCUACACUUAACUUUCUUCUUUACCACCUUCUUCCAUUAGAACUUUCUUAUAGAAUAAGAAGAAGAAGAAGAAGAAGCUUUUGAGUUUGAACUCUUAAUUUUGAAAUUCUAGCCCCCAAUGGAUUAUUCAUUCUUUGACCUUCAUCAAUAUUACUACCAUUCAUCUCAUCACCAGCAGUUUUCUCCAGAGUAUUCUUCAUCAACAUUCAGUAAUUCCUCCUCACAACUUUCAUCCAACUUCGAUUCCUCAUCAGCCCAUUUCCACAACUACCAUAACAAUUAUAAUUAUAACAAUAAUACUAAUUCUUACCUCCCUUUUAAUGAGAACGACUCUCAGGAGAUGGUUCUCGCCGGAGUUCUAGAAGAAGCAGCCACUAUCACUGAGCACUCACCCGCAGCAUACUCCGGCGGCUAUGGCGUCAUCAAAGAGGAAGAAGAAUGCUUUUCUGGUUCUCCCAACGAUCAUCAUCGUAAUUACGAGGACCCCACCACGAAGGAGGAGGAAUCGGUGUCUUACAGGGGAGUUCGCCGGAGGCCGUGGGGGAAAUACGCGGCGGAGAUAAGGGAUUCCACCAGAAACGGAGUCAGAGUGUGGAUCGGGACGUUUGAUACGGCGGAGGAAGCGGCUUUGGUGUACGAUCAGGCCGCAUUGGUGAUGCGGGGACACUCCGCCGUGCUUAAUUUCCCGGCGGACGUGGUUCACGAGUCGUUGCGGCGGAUGGAUUACGGUUUCGAAGAAGGGUGUUCGCCGGUGUUGGUGAUGAAACAGAGGCACGCUUCCACCAACAAGAGGAAUAAUGCUUCCAGGAAGAAGAAGAGCAAUAAUAAUAACGAUAAUAACAAAGAGGAGGAACAAAAUGUGGUGGUUUUUCAAGAUUUGGGAUCUGAUUAUUUGGAAGAACUCCUUAGCAUCUCUGAGAGUAGUAAUUCAUCCUCAUCUGCAGCUGAUCCCUGUUCCUGGUGGUCAUAGGUUAUAUAUUAUGGACUCUCUGAUCAAAUUAAGUUAUCUUUUUUCAAACAUUGAUCAUUCCCGCUUCAAUUGAAUUAAAAAGGAGGGAGAAAGCAGAAAAGUAAGAAUGAAAAUCCAAAUUUGACAGUUGUUUUAGGAAGGAGGGAAUAUAAAUUUACAUAGAUUCUAACUAAAAGUUGGUCAAUUUUUGUAUUAUGGGACAGAGGAUAAUUUGGUGUUGGAGCUUAGAUUGAGGCAGUAAGUUUCGAUUUUAUUUUAUUUUUUCUUGAUAAGUUAAUUUUGGAGCGUUUCAUGUAAGGCAGGGAACGAGGGAUCAAUGAUGCCAUAAGGCCCAUAAGGCCAUGCAUCAUGUACAUAUCUUGAAAAUGAUCCACUUCAAAGUUUUUUAAGGCAUCAUUUUAGGAAUCUAAAUUCCUAAUAGGGUUGCAAGAAAUUUCAAAUUUCAGGAUGUAAAAUCUGGCAUUUAUAUCAACACUUGCUUGGUCAAAGUGGUAAGGUACU